AUGGGUAAAACCACCAGCAAACUGGACAAACGACGCUCCCAGAGCAUUUCCUGGAGUUACAAAUUCGGUACGGCCAGCCGACGGAAGAAGCAUGCCGCCCUCGUUAUCACCUCGCUGCCCCACAUGGAAUUGGGCGAAUGGUUGCAGCGGCUCGACCUGGCCGAGUAUGGUGAUAAAUUUCGAUCGUUUAAUGGAGUGGAGGAGCUACUGUUUCUCGGCGAAGCGGACAUUAAAAAGCUCGGUAUCCGCAACAACGCGCACCGGGCCCGGAUCGUCAGCAGUUUGGUGGCGUUGCGAGAAAAACUCGUCCAAGAGACGCACGUGAAGGCAGCGCAAAAGAAUGGAGCGGACCCGUAUCAGAACAGGGCACAGAUGCGGCACAGUGUGGCAGUGGAUGGUGCUAGGAGUGUGAAAACGUACAGCACGGCGACCGAAAACGAUAGCAUCUAUGAAUGUCUGACGCCGGCCAACACCAAGCAGAGUAAGAGCUGUGGCGAUCUGUUAGAUAUGGAAACGACACCGGACGGCGGAAAUGAGGCCGUUGCACUGAAGAAAGCGCUCGAGUGGGAGCUAUCGCUGGAUUCGCGCGAUCUACGAUCGCACGCCUGGUACCAUGGGCCAAUUCCCCGGCAACGGGCGGAAGAGAUCGUCCAGCGCGAGGGUGACUUUCUGGUGCGGGACUGUGUUUCACAGCCGGGCAACUAUGUGCUCACGUGCAAAACGAAGGGACCGACGUUACAUUUCGUGAUCAACAAGCUGCUCCUGCAACCGGAAACCGUAUACGAGCGCGUACAGUAUCAGUUCGAGGAUGAUGCCUACGAUACAGUUCCUGAUUUGAUUACCUUCUACGUCGGCUCGGGAAAAUCCAUAUCGGUCGCAUCGGGGGCAAGAAUUCAAUUUCCGUGCAACCGAACGUACCCGCUCUCGUUCUACGCUGGCAAGUGUCCACAGAAUGCGGCCGGUAUGGCGGGCAUCCGGGGACCCAGCCCACUCAACUCACCCUCACCGGUACCUUCGUCACCGGGUUUUAGGUAUAAUCCGUACACGCAGCAGACCAGCACCUACCGCAGCCCGAUGUCAUCGCCACCGAGAACAAAGCGCGAAACUCCGCCACGGUUACCGAGCAAAAAGCAACGCUCCCAAUCGCUCACACCACUGCACGGUGGACAGAGUGGACAGCAGAAGUACAACAGUGCUGACGGGGUCAUUAGCAGCAGCAAUAGCAACGGUGGGACGGAAGGUAAACCACACACGGCGAAACCAUCGCGACUUGUCGAUACGCCGGAAAAGUGCAACAGUGCCGAUGGCGUGAUACACAGCAACGAUGCCUCGGCGGGUAAUGGACGCUCGAUGCCGGGCGAGGAGAAGAGCUCGAGUGCGGACGGGGUAGUGGUAAAGUGCCAAACACUCACACGUCCCAACUCGACCGAUCCGAACGGUUUGGGUUCGCUGAAAAGUAGCUCCCAAUCGUUGCCCCGCUCGGCUAGUUUACGGUCGUCCCAAGGGAAGCUAAGUUCCCGGGCGUCCAGCAUUAACAAGGAACCAAGCGAACACUCCCUGAGCCCCUGCAUCGAGCAGAAACAGUUCGCCGAGGAAGAGGAACACCAACAACCACCAAGUCCACCGCCGAAACCGAUACGUGGCGGUGGCGGAACACUACAACGGCGCGACUCCAUGAAGGACUCGGACACACAAUCCGUACAGGGCGGCGCUACUCACGGUGGACGUGGCGGGAUGGGAUCGUACCAUCCGAGUGGGUCCGAUUCUGGCAAUGGUUCUGGUGAUUCGGCACAAAGUUCCGCCACCGGCGAGGAACUGGCCUUGCCUGCCCGAGGUGUUGGAGGGGUCGUACUAAGGAAUCCUCGCUUCAUACCCACAUCCCUGUCGUCGGUCACGUUACGUUCACACGCAGAAAUUGAUCCCGCAGCUGCAGAAGAGGCCCUGAUGGCGAUGCAAAUACCCAGCUAUGAGCAGGUGUCGCGGUUUGAUCUGGAAAACUUCAACACGCUGCUGCUGCCGUUCUGUGACUGUAAACCGCUGGACAGUGGAACGCUCAACACCGUCCGGAUGAUGCUGUGCGAGUCUGGACCGCGCGUCAUUGCGAACCAUUUGACGCGGGUUGACAUUGGAUUGAUAUUAGAACAAGACGAAACCCGAAAGGAUGAUCCACUGAGCUGUACCGGUUUGGAGUUGAUCACGCUCGAGCAGGGCAAGCAGUACCGAUUGGAUUUGAUCGAACGCACCGAAUGUAUGAAGCUGCUCGUUGCUGUUACCAUCCUGACCUGCCAGAGCGAUCUGGAGCGGGCGGAAACGCUCAACAAAUGGAUCCAGAUAGCGGUGGAAACGAAAACUGCCUUGGGUAAUCUGUUUGGCUUUAGUGCCAUCAUGUUGGGACUCUCGAUGCCGCAGAUUCAAAAGCUAGAAUCCACCUGGCACACAUUGCGUCAAAAGUUCACCGAUAGUGCAUUCAACUUUGAAGCUAAGCUAAGGCCUACGCUAAACAGCAUGAACGACUGCUCGAAUCCACAGGCUCCGAACACGACCAUCCCGCACAUACUGCCGUACGUACUGGUUAAGGAUCGCACAAUAAAUGAUGUCUUUGCAAACACAUCGAGCCCGUGUCCUUCGCUGGUCGCCUCAUGUGUAACACCGUGGGAAACCAUCACACAGGACUUUGGCUUUUCCGUGCUGUUCGCUCACCUGGAUGCGGCCCGCAGCUUCAUCAACAAUAUUUCGCUCUACAAAAAGAACGCUCACACUAUCAUGCAGGACACUAGCCGGUUGGAUCCGCUGAUGGAGGAUGCUUUCAAGACUGAAUUUCAGAUGAAAUUCCUGUGGGGUAGUAAGGGUGCACUAGUGCCAGCUGAGGAGCGUCACGCCAAAUUCGAACAUGUGCUCACCGUGAUGGCGGAGAAGUUCUGCGGUGAUCCGUCGGCCGGUUAA